CAACAUUAACUAUGCCAAUGCAAAGACAAUAAACACAGUGUUUAUAUUGUCUUUGACCAAAGGGUAUACUCGACUCGUGAGAAGCUUGGCCUCUGAUCUUGUCACUCAACCUACACACUAUUCAAAAUAUGUAUACAUUUUUAAUUUAAUUUUACUUAAAUAUUUGAGUCAACUUUUUACGUAAAUUUUGAGAAACUAACUUUACAAACUUUAGAAACUUAAAAUUUAGUUUAUUUUUACCAAUUUUUUUAACUACUAUAAAUGGCAUAUUUAAAUUCUAAUUCAAUUCAGCCAUUGCUGAAUAUUGCUAUGGACCCAAGUACAUUUUUCUUUACCUCACUUCAAAUUUCUAGAUACUAUUUUAUUCAGGUUUUCCGCUCUUUCGUCUAUAUAUCUAUAUAUCUCCUCAGCUCCGGUGUUCACAACAUUCUAGGCAAAAGAUUUGUAUGAUAUCAAUAGUAAAUCUUGAAUUGCUUAAAAGGUAUUUUCCGUGUCGACAAUUGUGCAUAUUCUUAUCCAUUUGCAAGUUAUAUACGCAUAUUUACAUUACUUUUCGCUUAGCCAAGCAAUUAUUGUUUCAAUUGAAUACUGCCAACCGGCUGUCGAAUUCCAGCUGCAGAGGUCACUUUCACUGAGCACCGAAAGUGUUGCAGCCAAAUAUGUGUAUGUUAAAGAGACGCUUUCCCGGCGACAAACGCAACCAGUUGGUCGUUGUUUAGUUUAGUUAGUGCUAGCAACUUGUCGAGUGCGUCUCGUAGAGCCAUGGAUAAGUGUCAGGUCGGGUUUCCCUAUGACAUAUGCGAUGUGGACGCUGCCACCAAUGCUGAACUACUGGAGUACUUUACAGGUGAGCGCACGGGCUUUGUGCAAGUUGGACCCGAGGGUUAUUUCUUUCCGCACAAGUACAAAGUCCAGGCGGAGCUUUAUUACAACUUUGAGGCGCGACCCGAUGACGUUUGGAUAACAACUGUGCCGCGCUCGGGCACCACCUGGACACAAGAGCUAAUCUGGUUGCUGGCCAAUGGCUUAGAUUUCGAGAUGGCGCAGCAACGCCCUCUCACUGAACGUUUUCCCUUCCUGGAAUUUCCCUUGUUUGUGCAUGAUGCUGUUAAAGCAGAGCUUCUGGCUGAGAACAGGCACUCUCCGGCUGCUAUGGAGUUCAUUGAGCACAUUUCGCAGCCCGGCUAUGAAACGCUGGGCGAGCUGCCGCGCGACCGGCGACGUUUUAUAAAAACUCACUUUCCCUUCUCAUUGAUGCCGCCGAGUGUUCUGGAGAAUAAAUGCAAGAUUAUCUAUGUGGCGCGCAAUCCCAAAGAUGUGGCCGUGUCUUACUAUCAUCUGAACCGUUUGUUUCGCACGCAAGGAUACAUUGGGGACUUUGAGCGCUACUGGCGCUAUUUCCAGCAAGGAUUAAAUCCCUGGCUGCCUUAUUACAGUCACGUGAAGGAGGCCAAACAGCAUAGUCAACUGCCAAAUGUGCUCUACCUUAACUAUGAGGAUAUGCUGGUGGAUUUGCCGGGAACUGUAAUGAGCAUAGGAAAGUUUUUAGAUUGCGCGCCCGAUGCUGUGGGAUUGGAGAAAUUACUCACGCAUUUAAGCAUUCAAAACUUUCGCGAAAAUAAAUCGGUUAACAUGCAUGAAAUGGCAGCCGUUGGCAUACUGAAGCAGGGCGAGGCCGGAUUUGUGCGUAAAGGUGGCAAGGAUAUCACAGCCAAGCAGCAUGAUCAAAAAGAAUUUGUAGAUAAUCCAAAACUGUUAAAGCUUGCAAACGAUUGGAUACAGCAAAAUAUUGAAUUAAACGAUAUAAAAUAAAGCGGUUAAAUUGUUA